UGUCCGCAGUCUCUGAUCAUCUCCUGUACUGUCUGCAGUCUUUGGUCAUCUCCUGUACUGUAUGCAGUCUCUGGUCAUCUCCUGUACUGUCUGCAGUCUCUGGUCAUCUCCUGUACUGUUUGCAGUCUCUGGUCAUCCCCUGCACUGUCCGCAGUCUCUUGGUCAUCCCCUGUACUGUUCGCAGUCUCUGGUCAUCUCCUGUACUGUGUCCACAGUCUCUGGUCAUCCCCUGUACUGUCCACAGUCUCUUGUCAUCCCCUAUACUGUCCGCAGUCUCUGGUCAUCCCCUGUACUGUCCGCAGUCUCUGGUCAU